AGUUGUGAUUUCUGAAAAAUCUAGAGUUUACUGCUUUGUUUGCCUUAUCAUGCUAAUUUCGCAAUUGAUAUAGUAUUUUGUGUAAUACUUGUGAUGUUCAGAGGCUGUAUGGAGCCUUUCUUUCUUUUUAUUUUGAAUAAAUAAUUCGAUUGUAAAUGUCCGUGUCUUUGUGUGUCCUACGUAUUGAAAUCGACGAAGAUCUGCCUGAAAUGGGCGACAAUCCCACUGAAAUGGAAGCUGCCAAGGAGCAAAAGAAAAGGGACCGGGGCGCAAGGGAGUCAAAGACCAUCACAGUAGAAACAUACGCUAGUGUCCUCACAGGACCCAACACAGAUACUGGGAUAUUACCAACCAGCACCAGGCGUUCUCCACCUGAGAACAGCAUUUCUGAAGAAGAGGAUACCAUUAGCUUCUUCUGUGGCAACCCUCUUGUUGAAGUUACUAAGGGUAUACUGCAUCUUUACAAAGAAAAUGAAAUGAAGGAGGCAGAAGAAGCCAAGACCCUCUGCUUGCUGUCUGUGCCGGGAGCACUGGGCGCUCCAGAUCUGCUGGCCUUUGCAGCAGCCUGCCAGCAAGAUAUUGCUCAUGUGAGGGUGCUGCGAGAUGGCUCUCCAGAUCACUACAUGGCAUUGUUUACUUUCCGCACGAGCGCGGCGGCGCGCGAGUUCCACGAGACGUUCGACGGGGUGCCGUACAGCAGCCUGGAGCCCGGCGCGCUGUGCCACAUGGCGUGGGUGUCGCGCGCCGACUGGGGCCGCACGGGGGCGCCUCCCGCCGCGCACACGGAGCUGCCCACGUGCCCCGUGUGCCUGGAGCGCAUGGACGAGAGCGUGGCGGGCGUGCUGAGCGUGCAGUGCGCGCACGCCUUCCACGCGUCCUGCCUCGUGCGCUGGCGCGACGCGCGCUGCCCCGUGUGCCGCUGCGCGCAGACCCCCGAGCCGCGCGCCCGCGCCGUCUGCUUCCAGUGCGAGCGAGCUGAAGAGGAUGGUGACGAGACGAGGGAGAACAUCAGUGGCGUGGCGGAAGGCUUGCUGGACGGCGUGGACGCCGGCACUCUGUGGAUCUGUCUCAUCUGCGGGAACGUGGGCUGCGGCAGAUACGAGGGCGGCCACGCUGCCAAACAUUUCUUAGCUUCCAAUCACACAUACGCUUUGCAGUUGGGCUCCAACCGAGUUUGGGAUUAUGCUGGUGACAACUUCGUCCACCGUCUCGUCCAAAACAAAGCAGACGGCAAGUUAGUGGCUGCUGAGGGAGGGUUCACAUCUGAAGACUCGGCGUGUGGGGGGGAGAAGCUGGACUCAGCACAGCUGGAGUUCACAUACAUACUGACGCAGCAGCUGGACAGCCAGAGGAUGUUCUACGAGGAGAAGAUGAACAAAAUGGAAGCAGAGCACAUAGCAGAGACUGAAAAGCUCCGCUUCAGGGCGACAGAAGCGGAGGCGACCUCCUCCAAGCUGAGCGAACAAGUCUCCACACUCACCAAGGAAAACAAAACUUUGGAGAGGAAACUGAACCAAGUUACUAACAAAUUAUCGGUACUACAAAACGAGUUGUCUGAAGAGAGAGGCUUGGCAGCAGCUUUAGCUAGCAGUCAGGCGGAGUGGCAGGCCAGGGCUAAACUGCGUGAAGAGAAUUUCGUAAAAGAGGUAACAGAACUGAAAGAGCAGCUCCGUGACGUGAUGUUCUUCGUGGAAGCUCGUGGACAGCUGCAGACACAAGCCGGCGCAUCAAGUGAAGAGAUCGCCGAUGCUCAGGUCACUGUAGCCGCCCCGCCUAAACCGCGCAGGCGACGUCGGUAGACAGACUUAGUGAUGUUCCCAAUAUGAUAUCUAUCUGUGGAUUUGGCUACUAUAGAUAGUUUGACAUUAGCCCCAUAUAAGUGAGGUAAACUUCUUUCUCUAGGAAGCAAAACUACAGACGAUAAAAUAUUGGGAACCGUUAGUGUUCUGCGCUUAUGUGAUGCUACAGAUUAUGUUUUUGAACUGUGCUCAUCAGAAGUUGGUUAUUUAAGGUUUGUUUAGUAAUGUAAUGGUGUGAGAUAAGUUAUUCAAAUUAUUUGUUCAUCGGAUUUUUAUGGCGAAAAAUUAUGUAAGUUUUGGAAUUAUUGGAGAAUUCUAUAUCCUGCGUAUUUAAGCAUAUUGCCAAUGCGUAACAAAGUUUAGAUUAAUUUUAAUAUAUUUUGGGCCAUUACUUCAAUAGAAUAAUGUGAUGUUUAAAAGGUCUAAAUGUUGGAAAGUAGCUUUCACAUAAGCCUAGUUAUUAAAUAUAUUUAAAAUGUGGCUAUAAUUUUGGAUUUCCCUUACAAAAACCAAAAGUUCUAAUAAUAAUAAAUGUUGUAUGUUGUUCACCGAUUCAGUGAGUUUGAAUGGAAACUUGUAAAUAAUAAGUCUUCUCUAAAAGUCGCUACUCUGUGUUCACAAUAACGCUAUCUCGUUUUAUUCGAAUAAGAAAACAAAGAUGGCAGAGAUUCCAAUUUUAAAUUAGUGUUGUCACAUUUUGUACUAUGAGGGUAUGCAAGCAGCUCUUUUGUCUCGACUGCUGCAAAUCACUGUGAUAAAUGUUCAUAGAUUGUAAGUGAAAAUAUUAUUUCUAUGUAUUUUGUGUCUAAAUGUAUGUGCUUACAGGUAAUAAUAAAUCUAAGGAUUUGUGUUGUAAAACUGGUAGCACUUGGCAAAUUGUAGAUCUAAAACAUUUUAAUUACUCUAUGGUUAAUAAAGGUGAUUUUUAUGAA